AUGCCAUCCUCCGUCGAAGAAGGAGAAAUUGGCUUUGUAGUUGACGAGUCACGAGCCAUGUCCAUUUCCUCUUCAGAAGACAGCGAUGACCACCACCCCUCCGGCGCCUCUCUCUCAAAUCUGCAACGCUUCCCCAAUCCCUUCUCAGUUUCAGCUUUCGGAGCCAUGUUACAGCCAUUGGACACAAGCUUUCCAACUCAACCCGAGCCUGCAUUCCACUACACAACAUUCCAGACGGCGGAGGAGGAGGGCGCAGCAAGAAACCGUGGAUAUUUUCAGCUUAUGCAAGGUCUCCCGCAAAGUGCCUCGGACGGCCACCUUCAUACGCAAGCAGAAGAAAUUAAGACAACUCCUCUGUUUUCCAAUGACGUCCAGAAGGCUCUGAGGGGCGGCAUUAUGGGAGUUGUUGCUCCUAACCACACUCCUUUCCCACAAUACGGGCUCCUAGGCAUGCGCGAAGAGACAUACAACUCCUCCUUGCCGGAGGCGAGCAAGACUGUGUCACCUGAGGAUAAUCUCAUCUUCGCAAACAUGAAUGCUCCAUGGUCUGCCUUCAUAUGCGGUUCCCAAGGUGCUGGGAAGAGUCACUCGCUCUCUUGCCUCCUGGAGAACUCACUGUUGGCUUCAUCCACGGCGGGAGAGAAUCCGAGGCCUCUGGCUGGCCUUGUCUUUCAUUACGACAAGUUCACAAGCAGUGAGAGCACACAGUUGUGUGAGGCUGCCUAUCUGUGCUCAUCGGGAAUUCCUGUACGAGUUCUUGUCUCCCCGAGCAACGUCCAUGCAAUGCACAAGCUCUACAAAAACCUCCCUGGACUGCCUAGAGACGCUCCCCGUCCAGAUGUCAUCCCACUCUACUUUCAAGAGAACCAACUCAAUGUGACGCGCUUGAUGACGUUGAUGGCAGUUGAUGACAAGGACAAGGUGCCACUGUACAUGGAAGUCCUUUUCAAAGUGCUCCGUGAUAUGACAACGGAGAAAAAGGGCGCAGGAAGCUUUGAUUACCUUGAUUUCAAAGCACGAUUGUCAGGAAAGGGGUUCAAUUCCACACAAAACGGACCGCUCAGACUGCGUCUCGAAGUGCUCGAAUCUUUUCUUGCACACAAGGUCCAGACUGCGGAAUCCGCUGCCCGAUUGAGAGAUAUGUUCAUGUCUGCUCCAGGGACACUCACUGUUGUUGAUUUGAGUUGCCCUUUUGUCAACGAGAACGACGCAUGUGCCCUAUUCACGAUCUGCCUUUCGAUUUUCAUGGAGAAUCGGGCAGAUUGUGGUCGUGUCAUUGCUCUCGAUGAAGCUCACAAGUUCCUUACGAGGUCGGGUGAAGCUGAAAAGCUCACAGAUGAGCUGACAUCCAUUGUUCGUCAACAGCGCCACCUUGCCUCACGCAUCAUUGUAUCGACGCAGGAACCGACUCUUGCGCCCCGGCUUGUUGAUCUCUGCAAUGUCUGUAUUGUUCAUCGGUUCAGUUCUCCUGCGUGGUUUGAAAUGCUCCGGGACCACCUUGCUGGCGCCAGCCGCCACAAGGGUUACAACAAUGCACAUUUGUUUGAGACGAUAGUUGGGCUGCAGACUGGGGAAGCGCUGAUAUUCUGUCCUGCGGCUGUGUUUGAUGUGUACAAUGGCAAUGUGCACACAUUGAAAGACGCUUUCAUCAGAGCCCGCAUCAGAAAUCGCGUGACUGCGGAUGGUGGAAGGAGCAUCUUAGCUUCCGACGAGAUGCAAUAUAGUUGCAUUGGGGAAAUGCUGACGCAUGAGCUCAUCCGACCGUUUGCGGCACAGAUGGCGGGUUCAGGCCCACAGUCUGCCAAGCAGCCGGGCAAGCAGUUGAGCAAAGCAGAACGGCGCGCGGUCAAGGCGGGACGCGUGAUGAAGAGCCAACCUGUCCCGUCUCAGUCUCAAAACUUGAGGAGAGGUCUGACACAUGGGCAAGGACGUUAUGAGCUUCGUUCAGCGCACGUACCGACUCAAGAGCCACGACUGGGAAUUGUCCAGAGUUCAUCGGAAAGUUCAGCACAGAGUCCAGUGUCCAGUGCCAUCCUCGCUGGGGACGUAGGUGAUGUCUUCGCUGAUGCUCCUGAGUUUAUUCCCUUGGAUCCAGGAAUUGACCCCAGCUCAAUACCUAGUCGGGAUAUCCUCAGGGUUCAUGUCAGUAAUGCCGUGUCAGAAUCACUCGGCAGAAAUCCCAGCACGAUUGGAUUCGCCGAGGGCACAGUCGUCACCGCCGACACGGCAGAGCAACAAGACCAUUAUGACCACAAUCCGCUCCUCGAUCUUCCUGACGAGCUAGUCCUCACGGUUGCGAGCUUUCUGGACCAGGAGUCUCAGCUCCUGCUGAGCCUCUCGUGUGGACGACUUCGUUUUCUUCUCAACUCCCACCUCGACAUGGCGCUUCGUGACGAUAGGGCCACCAAGGUGCGGUUUCUAAAACUUCUGGAACUCGACCACCCGGAAUAUCUGACAUGCCGCUCCUGCGGCCUUCUGUAUCUCUGGCGGAAGAUGGAAUUCUUCCAGUACGAUUGUCCGCGUGCCAACCACCACCUGCUUGCGGAUACACUAGUAUCAUGCGAUCAGUUCAUCCAAGCAGGAGACAACAAAGAUGUCCGGGUGACGCGUGGAGUGGUCGACCUAAUCUUGCGAGCCUACGAGCAUGGGCCCUCUCACGGCUUGCCUGUAUCUUUCUUGAACAUGAGCGGUCAUGAUCACGACGGCGUUUCUCGAACGAAUGAGGCACGGUUAGUGAACGGUCAACUUAUACUGGCCAGUCGAAUGGAGGUGGAGGCAGAGUCGGGACUUGAAGUGGAGGUGAUGCGGCGCCUCUCCCUCCCGAAUAUGUGCCUACAUCUAUGUACCACUAUAGGGGUCAUCGACAAGGUAUGGCAGACCCUCGAGCAAGCCGUCGCAAGCAUGAUAGUAGGCUCGGAGAAAUCCGAAGUAUUCAAGUGUCCCUUCUGCGAAACUGACCACCAGGUGCACGUGAAGAAGACCGCGGGGAAUCGGGCAAGGAUCGUUCUGAAUGUUUGGAGAAACUACGGACGACGAUACGGGAACAGGCUGUCGACCGAGUAG